AUGUCUAAAAAAACCUCUCCUAAACUUUCUUAUGAAAAUACUGAAGUAACUGUAUUUUCGAAUCAAGAUUAUCCCGACAAUGUUAAUCGAAUAAAAAGAGUAAAUAAAUUAGAGGUUGAUAUAAAAUCAUAUAAUAAUAAAAUUGUACAAAAAAAUGAAAAACUCGACUUAACUGUUAAAAAUUUAAUGUCGAAAUUAAAUAUUAUUGCAGAUAAAAUUAAUUUUACCACAUUAAAAGCAGAAGAAAAAGUAUUAAUUUAUGAAAUUGAAAAUUAUUUUGUAUAUUCUAAAAUUAUAGAAUGGAUUUUUAAUAUAUCUCUCAAUUCAGUAAAACAUGCAUAUUUAUUUUCACUUAAAAAAAAACAAAAUUUAAAUAUCUCUUUUACUGAAUUUAGAUUUGAUCUUAACUGGACUGCGAGAAUUUUUGAUAUUGCUAUUGAUCAAAAUAUUAAACUUGAACGUUUUAUAAAUGAUGCUGUUACUGGUGCUGAUAAAAGAAGAUUAUUACAAGAAUUUAUUAAAGAAUUUCAAGAUCCAU